AUGGAAAAUCGAGUCGAUAAUGGCACUACCACUAAACCACCCCCAAAGGCACCCCGCUCCGCCUUUAUGUGUUUCACCGACAACAAAAAAGAAGCCCUUAUGGAACAGCAUCAAGUGAAGGAAAAUGCAGAUGUUUUGAAGCUCGUGGCGACUGCUUGGAAGAAACUCAGCGGCCGCGAACGAGCGUAUUGGGACGAAGAAGCUAGAAGCGACAAGCUGAGGUUUGUCCGGGAAAAGGCGGAAUACAAGGGUGUUUGGACUAUUCCCAAACGUCGGGCCAAAAAGCAUCCCCUGGCGCCCAAGAGGCCCAUGUCAGCCUUCCUCAAAUACUCGCAAACCCGUCGGGCUAAGGUCAAGGAAGAGAAUCCCGAUAUGAGGCAAGUCACCGCCGGAGAGGGCAGGAUCCGUCUAUCAAGAUUGCUGGAAUUAACCUCACAACCUUCCUCUUUACAGCAACACGGACAACGAGCCCCGUACGUAGAAGUUGAAGAAGAGGAACGGGCACAGUACAAAGAAGAGGUAAAGCGGUGGCGCCAGAGUCAGGCACGGAUGGAUGCCGAUACAAGAACCAGUCACGAUGCAGUCUUGACCUGCAGCAACAUCGGUGACUUUCCUGCUCCGAUGACUCCAGUGCCGUCCUAUUUUGAAGAUCCUCAAGCUUAUCAUAAUUUUGAACCGCUUCGAAUUCAAUCGGUCGAUGAUGCUAUAAACAAGGCGGAUCAGCGGAUGUCCAGCAGCCGUCAUCAUUCGCCUACGUUAGCUGUCACUCAGUCUAGUUCUACGGGAGGAGACAGACCCUUGUCGAGGAAUGAAACGUGGCGAGAUUCUUCGGAGCAGUCUCCGAUCCACCGACAAGACCAGCACAUUUAUGGGCAGUCGUUUCGUCCAGCUCUCCCUGUGCAGAAAUCGGGGGCACGCACUCCGUUCCGCCCAAGCAAUAGAGAAGAAACAUUGAUGACGAAGCGCGACUUCAAGAUACCGAGUCAAGGGGGAUUUCGGGCGUUUGGGAACAAUUAUCAACAACCGUUCCGCCCCUUGUAUGAUCAUGGUGAGUAG